ACUCUUUAAGUUUCAUCACUAGAAAUUGUCAAAAACAAAAACUUAUUUUGAGAUUCUAAGGAAGUUUGUUCAUUUUUUACAAUGACCGACCCAAACGUACCCCGAGGGGCCUUAAGCUUACAGAAUGUUUUAAAGUACACGGUGCAACAUCAUGACCAAAAUGCAGAACCGAAGUCGGAAGGAGCUCUAGAUGCUGAUAGAGCUGAAUUUUUGACAAACGCACUGAGUGCAAUGACAACAGAUGUUUCAACGGAACUUAGAGCAGCUUUAUCCAUAUUAAAUAGCAAUGAUGCCACCACAGAAGAACAGAUCGAGAGUCUAGAUGUUAUAAGGAGCCAUAUUGAUCAAAUUGAUAAUGCUAUUUCUCUGAUUAAACUCGGUGGAACUGCAACCUUACUUCGCUAUAUAAAGGACGGAGAUAGCGAGGUCCGCAUUUCGGCACUCAAUACUGUGGCCGAAGUGUCGCAAAACAAUGUAUUUUGCCAAAACGCCCUCAUAAACGACCAGUUUCUACCUGAACUUAUUAAGAAUUUAAGCGAUACCAAUCAAGAAAUUGUGCGCAGUUCCCUGUAUGCGAUAUCAUCGCUGAUACGAAACUUUCAGCCUGGAUAUGAUGAGUUCAAACGAAUCAAGGGAAUUACUGCUCUGAUACCCUGUUUAAAAUCUACAACUCUAAGUGUCUACAUAAAAACUGCAUUCCUCAUAGCGGCCUUAACUUCAAACGACAAGUCUGCCAGAGAUGAUUUUGUGAAAGCUGAGGUAUUUCCGGUGCUUGUGGAUAAUCUUAAGCUAGUUGAAGAUUUCGACAUUAAACAGGAAACUACUCUUUUCGCUAUUUCGUCUCUUUCGUUGGAGUCUGAUUUAAAGCUUUCCACGGAGAAACGCAAGGAAAUCCUUUCUCUUCUACAACAGAUUAUUUCCAAAAAUAAGCAGUCGGAAAAUUGCGAAGACAUUGUUAACCAUGCAAGAAAGAUUGUGGACAAUUUAAGUGCACAUUAAACGUUAAGGUCAAUAAAUUUUUCACGUAAAAAACUGUUAAGUACGUUUGUAUUGAAUACAAAAUUUAAAAAUAUCACUAAUUUAAAAAAACUUUAUCGAAACACAUUUAUGGGAUUAAAUUUUGUAACAAUUUAUUCAUCUUAA